AUGCAGAGACCCCGCACAGUACGGCGGCUGGUUGAUGAAGAGGAGCCGGAGGAGCCAAAAAGCCAAGAGGCCGUUAAGGAGAAGGAGGCUAAGGAGGACAGCCGCCAGAGGGGAGAGAGAAAGAGGAAGGGGAAGGGAAGUGUUUUUACCCCUCUAAAGAGAAGCCGUCCCACCAACGAGGGGGUCAUCAUUACAGAUGCUUCCGAACCCGCCUCCCCACUAACGAGAGAGAGAGAUGAGGGCAGCGAUGCGGAGGAACAGGAGUUGCGCUGGACCCAAAGAUCCAGGAGGCAACAAGGAAGGCCUACUAUAUCUCCUUCCACCAUCUACUCCCCUCAGCAUGUGCCGCUUGACCAAGACAACAAGGCCAAACUGAUUCAAGCGACCCGCCACACCACCAAGGACACCACUAGUUCGAGGCCUCUGCAGCGGGAAGUUGAAAAAUCAAAGGCAAUUCCGACUAAAUUAGCGUCAGACGUAUCUGAGAACAGCCUCCCGACCACCCUUACGUUCUCUAGAGAAGAGCUCUUGGAGAUGAUACAAUCACUAAACAAAGAGGUGGACCCUGCUUUGUUCCUAGCCAAGGUCGCGAACAAGAUGGGAGAGCCGUUAGAGGAGAAGGAAGAGGUGGAAAGCGCUGAGGGACCCACCAUCCCGAAAAAUGGGGUUUUAGAUAUUGUCAGACAAAUAGACACGGAGGUGGAGCCAAGCUCGAGGACUGAAAUACCAGAGGAGACUCAAGCAGAGUCUAUUCCCAUGGAAACAGCAACGGUGAAUGAACAUACAAAGGAAGCCGAGCAACCACUACUCACUCAUGAGUAA